AUGUCACAAUUAGAUCAGUUUAUUAUGGAAGACGUCGCUAGAUACUGCCCCCGUGAAUUUAUGGAAUAUCAUAAAUGUGUGUCUUCAAACCGUGAUGAUUUACAACAGUGUGCUUUUAGACAGAAGGAUCUUUCAAGCUGCAUUCAAAAUAAAGUGCCUAGUGUGAAAAGGGUAAUGGAAAAAUGUGGAUCCUUGAUGCAAAACUACGAGAAAUGCGUUAGAGAUAACAUGGAUACCCGUUCUGUUAACAACUGUGUGCCGCUACUGGAGCAGAUGAGAUCGUGUGCAUCGGAACAUGCCCUACAAGGUACAAGGCCUAUCAAUGAGAUGGUUAAAGACUAA